AUGACGGUUGUCGACACAAUCAAAGAUGCCGUUGGCUUGGGCGACGGUCAUGGUGAUGCUACGGCUCCGGUCCCAGCCUCUCGAGAAGCGAUGUCCGAGGCCAGAUUGCCCAUGGCCUACCGUGAUAGUUGCGCUGGCCUUUUAAUCCCACUUAACCACUGUCGACACAAGGAGUGGUAUCUGCCUUGGAAGUGCGAGAACGAACGACACAGCUACGAAAAAUGCCAAUAUGAAGAGUUUAAGAAGAGAGUUGCGAAAAUGGAAGAACUACGGGCGUCGAAAGCAGCUGCUGCCAGCACCGCUUAA